AUGCAGCCCAUCUCAAUCUCCUUCCUCGCCAUCGCGCUCAGCCUCGCAGCCGCCAACGCCAUGCCCGCCAUGGAGAACGCCAACGGCAUCGCCGCGCGGCUCGCGACUUCCACCAAGACCGGCAGUGGUAGCAGUAGCACUAGUACUCCCAGCUCGGGCCUUGGCGGAGACUCUGACUCGAGCAUGGACAUGUCGGACUCGUCAUCGCAAACGACUUUGACGUGUACCUGCAAGCCGAAGGGCAUGAAGGGCGGCGGUAGUGGGUUAGAUUCUUCCCAGGGUCCAUCGUCAUCGAUGAGGCGUCGCACCAAAGGUUCAAGUGACAGCUCAGGGCCAACAUCGGAUACUUUGGGUGGAAAGGGAGGUGCAGCAGGGGGAAAGAAGUACACCUGCGAGUGCCAUCCUGGCAGCGGCGGGCUUGAUUCUGAACCACCUCUGGGCGACGAUCCCUCCAGUAGCGACUCAUCUCUUGGGGGUGAUUCAUCGCCUCCUGGAGGCGACUCGUCAUCCUUUUCGAGCGACUCGUUGCCUUCGAGUUCGACGGACAGUGAAUCAUCCUCAGACAGUCCUGACGAUACUUCUUCGGGUGAAGAACAACCGAUGGACGGUUCAACGGACGGCGAGGUUCAUUCAGACCUUCUUUCGCAGUUACGUGCUAUGACAAAUCUAGUCCACGACAUCAUCGUAACGAUUCUAGUGCUUACCCUAUGGCUUCAGUGA